AUGGGUGUGAUAACAGUAGUAGACAUUGAUUACGGACAUAUUUUCGGUCCUUUUCCUAUUUCAAGCACGGCUAUGGAUCCAACAUAUGCUAUUGGAAUGCUGACGCAAGACACUCAACACCAGGGACCAAUGUUAGAGAUUGACCCUUCAAUAAAUAAUGGGUUGGCACGUGGAAUGGAAUGGCUGGCUUACAUCAACCCAGCCAGAAAUGAAGAUGAACAAAAUAUGGAGGCGUACGUGAAGAAUAAAGAAGUGUUUUAUAGGGCGUUACGUAUAAUAAAAUCGAGUGAAGAACUCUUAGUGUGGUACAGUAAAGACUUCUGUCAGUUGAUUGAUGUACCGGAAGUUAAAAGAAUACCCCUUUCAGAAAAUGAAAAAUAUAUCUGUUCAAGAUGUGGAGAAACAUUCGAAUACAUAUUCUCACUUAAAGCACACAUGAAGUUUAAAUGUGAAGUUGGAUCACAUAAAAUGCGUUUCAAUAAGCAAAGAUUAUCUAUAUCACCUGAACCGGAGAGUAAUUAUUGCCGGAAAAGAAGUCUAGAACAUUCAGAAGACAUCGCAAAUAAAAAGUUUCUUAAAGACAAUGUCCAUGGUAUUGAUAAAAUAAUGUUUUCUAAAGACUAUAGAGAUGUAAACUCUAAUGUACCAAAUCAUACUCAUGAAAAGUCCGAUCUCGGCUCGAGUGCGUUCAGAAAAGUUGAAAAAGAAGUCAUUUCUAGUCCAAAAGAUGAAAAUAAAGCUCAUAUUUCUCAUAAAGACAAAACAGACAUGAAAUAUGAAAAUGAGCGACUCUAUGUUCCUCCAUAUGUGUCUCUACCCGUUUCGAGUAAGGAGUGUUUUGUUCCACCGGAUAUGUUGUCUACACUUAUGAUGCCACGUAGUAUGGGUAUGAUGAACACUAGUAUUAAAACAGAUAUACAUUCUAAAGUGAUGGACACAUAUGGUAUAGGACUCGCAUAUCCAUUUUCUGUGCAAAAUUCUAUCAUGGGAAACAUGGAAAGUUUAUCUCCGAAUUCUAGAAAACAGUAUUUAAUGAAUAUGAAUAGUACUCUUACUGCUUCAAUACCAUUUUCCAAAAGUGCAAAUCCUAUGGUUGAAAAGAUCCUACAAACAAGUAAUAUGGCAAUGCUGCAUAAACCACUUCCGGCUUUGACACAAUCUACAAACUGGUGCGCUAAGUGUAAUACGUCAUUCCGAAUGACCAGUGACCUAGUUUAUCACAUGCGGUCUCAUCAUUCAAAAGAAAGUCCAACCGUUAUUAAGAAAAGAGACGAUAAACUUAAAUGUAAUAUUUGUCAAGAAACAUUUAAGGAACGCCAUCAUUUGACUCGUCAUAUGACAUCACAUCAGUAAAUUUUAUGAUUACUGCCUACUGCCUACCUGUACUAUUUUAUGCGACUUGACAUAUAGUCUCUGGUUUGUAUGUCGGUCUGCUCGAAACUAAUGGU